CUCGUGGAAAUAAAAAUUCUGAAAGAAACGGAGCAGGCUAGGCCUGGCGAAGCUCUUUUCGGGUGCCAUUGGCCUGGCGAAUGCGACGGGCAGCCCCGGACAGGACCCCUGCUCACGUGGACCAGCGACCUAGGUGGUGGCCGGGGGAAGAGACGCGAUGAAGCCCAGAUCUGUAGGCUUCGUGGAUAAUAAGCUGAAGCAGCGAGUCAUCCAGUAUCUUACCAGUAACAGAUGUGGCAAAUAUGUGGACACUGGAGUCUUAGCAUCUGACUUACAGAGAAUGUACAGUAUAGACUAUGGUCGAAGAAAACGAAAUGCUUUUAGGAUUCAAGUAGAAAAAGUAUUUAACAUAAUUAGCAAUGAGAAAGAAAUUAAGGAUAUAACAGAAUUGGAAGAUGAACAUCUAGCAAAAAGAGCAAGACAAAGUGAAGAGGAUAAUGAGUAUAUGGAAAGCUAUUCUGAUGAUGAUUCCAAUGUGGAAGAUUACCCAGAUCCACAGUCAGCAAACCAUAUGAAUAGUUCCGUGCUCUCCCUGUAUCGAAAAGGAAAUCCUAGUUCUGUCUCCAGUACUCCUGAGUUGGAACAAAGAGAAACCACUGCUUCAACACCACGAAUCACUUCCAAAACAGGCUCCAUUCCUUUGAAGAUUCCUGCCAGAAGUUCUGAAGGGGGAUGGUUUAUUGACAAAACUCCAGGUGGAAGGAAAGACAGUUUUUUCUUGGACUUGUCAGAUGAGAAAAGUAAUCAGAAGAAACCACUUUCUGAGAUAGAGGAUUCAAAAGAUUUUUCUCUUCUGGAGAGUGAUAAAAAGAAGAAAAGCAGGCUAAAGAGGAAAGGAAACAAAAGGAAGCUAGAGCUUCAGGAAGUAGAUGGAGAAAUAGAAGCUGUCCUACAGCAGAAAGUCAAAGCCAGGGGACUAGAAUUGCAGAUCUCCAAUGUGAAGUUUGAAGAUGUUGGAGGCAAUGAUACCACAUUAAAACUGUGAAAGACAUUUUUCCUCUUUACUUCAUGCUAGGAAGUCUGCAAGAUGCUCAUUCACAUGCGU